AUGGAUCUUCUCAACUCCCUCAAAAACAAAGCUCCCGCCCCGAAGAUGCAGUCUGCAUCUGACGGCCCCUUGGUCUGGGUUGACUGCGAGAUGACUGGACUGGAUCCGGACAAGGAGGAGAUUAUCGAGAUUUUCUGCAUCAUCACCACCGGGAACCUGCAAGUCGUUGACCCCGAGGGCUGGGGCUGCGUGGUGCACCAGACGGAGCAACGCAUGGCGCAGAUGGACGAAUGGUGCACCAAGACACACGGCGACAGCGGCCUCACAGCGGCGGUCAUCAAGUCGACGACGACACCUGAGCAGGCUGCCGACGAUCUGCUCGCUUACAUCAAGAAGCACAUCCCGCAGAAGAAGACGGCGCUGCUGGCGGGUAACAGUGUACACGCGGACCGAUCGUUCCUCAACAAGCCGCCCUACCGCAAGGUGGUUGACCAUUUACACCAUCGCAUUCUCGAUGUCAGCUCGCUCAAGGAGGCGGCAAGACGUUGGUGCCCGCCGCAGGUCGCGGACGGUGCCCCAGCCAAGCAGGGACUUCACCAGGCCAAGGAAGAUAUUCUCGAGAGCAUUGCUGAGGCCAGGUACUACAGAGAAGCCAUUUUUGGCCGGACGUGGAGAGGGCAGGCCAGCGCGCAGGACACGCCGGUCAAUUGUACUAUCCAGAGAGUCAAGCUCGAUUCUUCUAACUUGAUGAAGCACUGGGAUGAACAGUACGCAGUAUCCUACGCACUGCUGAAUGCUGGUCAACCGCGCACUUCAAACCGUGCGAAUAAUAGCCACACCCACCAGCACCUCACGAUGAUUCGCCGGGAAGAUCCCCUGUGUUGGGCCCCUGGAAGUGAGGGGCUCUCCCAGAGCUGCCCCUCCUUCAUUGUGCGCUUUGGCGGAAUGAAAGGUACCUUCACCAAUGUGUACGAGGUUCCAGUUCCCAAUGAAAGCUUUCUAGGCCCCUUGCCCAACGCCCACCACUCCCCGGUCCCACCUCCCGUACCUACGCCAACGCCGCUCCAUUCCCAACAUUCUCCUUUUCCUCUUCUACAACCUAGACAACUCUCCCCCUCAAUACCAUCACUACUCGAACUAUACAGCAUCAUGGACGUCCAGACUGUCGAGUUCAAGCCUUUCCAGGACCAGAAGCCCGGCACGUACGUCAUUUCUCCCCUAACAGAAACAAACCCCUCGCUGUUAUCUUCUGGUCUUCGCAAGAAGGUCACCGUCUUCCAGCAGGCUCACUACAGCGAGGCCUUUGUCACGAGCAUUCUCCUGUCCAUUCCCGAGGGCGUCGAGGGUUCUUUCCUCGUCAUCGGUGGUGAUGGUCGUUUCUGGAAUCCCGAGGUCGUCCAAUUGAUUGCCAAGAUUGGUGCCGCCUACGGUGUCAAGAAGCUCCUCAUCGGCCAGGACGGCAUUCUGUCCACUCCCGCUGCCAGCCAUGUCAUUCGCAAGCGCAAGGCCACUGGUGGUAUUCUCCUGACUGCCAGCCACAACCCCGGCGGUCCCAAGAACGACUUCGGUAUCAAGUACAACCUUGCCAACGGUGGCCCUGCCCCCGAGUCCGUCACCAACAAGAUCUACGAGGCCUCCAAGACCCUCACCUCCUACAAGAUCGCCAACAUCCCCGAUGUCGACAUCUCCACCAUCGGCACCAAGACCUACGGCUCUCUCGAGGUCGAGGUUGUCGACAGCACUGUCGACUACAUCGAGAUGCUCAAGGACAUCUUCGACUUCGACCUCAUCAAGAAGUUCUUCCAGUCAAACCCCGACUUCAAGGUCCUCUUUGACGGCCUUCACGGUGUCACUGGUCCUUACGGAACCGCCAUCUUCGAGAAGGAGCUCGGCCUCAAGGGCGCCACCCAGAACUGCAUUCCCAGCCCAGACUUCAACGGCGGUCACCCCGACCCCAACCUGACCUACGCCCACUCCCUCGUCGAGGUCGUUGACAAGAACAACAUCCCCUUCGGUGCUGCCUCCGACGGUGAUGGAGACCGCAACAUGAUCUACGGUGCCAACGCCUUCGUCUCCCCCGGUGACUCUCUGGCCAUCAUCGCCCACCACGCCAACCUCAUCCCCUACUUCAAAAAGCAGGGUGUUUACGGCCUGGCCCGCUCCAUGCCUACUUCCGGUGCCGUCGACCUGGUUGCCAAGAAGCAGGGCCUGAACUGCUACGAGGUCCCUACCGGCUGGAAGUUCUUCUGUGCCCUCUUCGAUGCCGACAAGCUCUCCAUCUGCGGUGAGGAGUCCUUCGGCACUGGCAGCAACCACAUCCGUGAGAAGGAUGGUCUCUGGGCUGUCGUCGCCUGGUUGAACAUCAUCGCCGGUAUCGGCGAGCAGAACCCUGGCGUCACUCCCUCCAUCAAGAAGAUCCAGCAGGACUUCUGGACUGAGUACGGCCGCACCUUCUUCACCCGUUACGACUACGAGGAUGUCGACAGCGAGGGUGCCAACAAGGUUGUUGGUGUCCUGAAGGACCUCGUCGCCGACCCCAACUUCAUCGGCAGCAAGGUUGGAGACCGCACCGUCACCGGCGCUGGCAACUUCUCCUACACCGAUCUCGACGGCUCCGUCUCCUCCAACCAGGGUCUGUACGCCACCUUCUCCUCGGGCAGCCGCAUCAUUGUCCGCCUCUCCGGCACUGGCUCGUCCGGCGCCACUAUCCGUCUCUACCUCGAGCAGCACAGCUCCGACCCCAAGACGUACGACCUGGAUGCCCAGGACUUCCUCAAGCCCGAGAUCCAGAUGGCCACCGAGCUUCUCAAGUUCAAGGAGUUCAUUGGCCGUGACGAGCCCGAUGUCAAGACCUAA